CUGACGUUUAUCCCCAACAGGACGCACCAUAAGCUGCUGUCUACUUUUUAAUUCACUGUCUCCAUUUGUCUUUGUUUAUUGGUGCGACUGAAGUGUUUGCUGUGGCUGUUCACGUCUGGGGACUAAUGAUGACGCCUUCACCACAUGUCAGAAGGAUAUGGAAACAGAUAAACAAGACGCGGCAGACCAUUUGACUGCAACAGGUCAGUGAGAGCAACAGAUACUCCCUGAGGCCUGACUGAUCACAGGAAUGGCCCCCUUUGAAAGAAAAUGGAGUCUAUCUCAGACUCAGGGGCUGCUCUGCGCUUUCAUACUCCUCUUACAUCUCUACAGUGUCACAGGGAUGUCGGGAUGGGGCGGCUGUUUGGAUGGUCAGAACGUAUUUUCAUCCAUCAGAGAGAACAGCGUUCCUGGGGAGGUCAUCAGUGAGUUCCUGACUGACACAUCAACAGAGGGGAUCCACUGGAGUCUGGAUGGGAAAGACGCCGACUGGUUCAUGUUGGACGGGAAAUAUAUCCGUAUCAACACUUCAGCACAGAAAGUUCUCGACCGAGAGGAGCAAGGUCCAGUUCUCAUGGCAGAGUUGUCUUGUUAUGAGGAGGAUGUGCUUCAGAGUGUCUACAGGAUCAUGGUGGAAGUCAUCAACGAGAACGAUAACUUGCCAGUGUUCGCUGAAAACACAGUCCAGUCGCUUGUUGUAAGCGAGUUAACAUCAGUGAAUUCGCUGAUAUUCACAGUUCAAGCAACAGACGCAGACAACGAUCAGAUUAUUUACUCGGUUGACCGAUCAUCGCCUGACGCACAGUACUUCAAAUUUGACCUCCCAAAUAGUGGUGAGGUGAUCCUGGCCAAACCUCUGGACUUUGAGACCAAGUCUCAGCUGUCAGUCACCAUCUAUGCUUCUGAAAUGAACACGGAGGAGCACUACAACACCAGCACUGACGUCACCAUCAUUGUUCAGGACGGAGACGACCAGUACCCACAGUUCCUGCCCUGCACCAUGCUAUUUCAUAAUGAGACCACGCAUGUCUGCAUCAACCCACAAUACUCUGCCAACAUCACUGAGGGGGAAGAGGGCUUUGUUUUGGAUGUCUCCCCGGGUCCCAUCCAUGCUGUCGAUGGAGACAUUGGGGUCAACUCCUCCAUCAGCUAUGCCAUACUCUCAGGGAAUGACAACAGCCACUUCCUCAUGGACAGAAAGACAGGUGAGGUGAGACUCACGAAGGCAGUGACAGACAGACUCACAAGUCCAACACUUCAUCUUCAGAUCAUGGCGUAUCAGAACGACGACAGCAGGAAGUACUCUGUGACAACACUAGCCGUGCGAGUUUUGCCUGUGAACCACUUCCACCCGCAGUUCAGCAUGGCAGAAUACAAAGGAUUCGUUUCGGCCGGGAAGAGUCCUCUGUCUCUGGUGAACACCUACGGCGGCAAAGCUUUGAUUCUUCAUGUGCAGGACCAGGACUUUGAGAAUGGCUUCAAUCAGAUGAUCUACUUCAACUUCAGUCCGGCGUCGGAUCACACCGACAUCUACCAGAUCACCAGGGAUGGACUGGUUAUUGCCAGGACCGAUCAGCUCAGACCGAAGCAGAAACACUUUCUGAAGGUUAUUGCCGUGGACCAGGAGACGGGCGAAGUGGCGUACGCCUCCGUUUUGGUGGAGGUCUUACCUGAAGGACAAUCAAUCCCUCACAGCGCACUGACCGACGAGCGAGCGCUCGGAUGCACGGUGGGCAAAGCCUUGUUCCUCAGCAUGGUCUUCAUGACCGGCCUCGGCUGCAUCCUGGUCGCACUGAUGUGGCUGAAGAGGAAGCACAGGGGGCACAGGGACCCACUGGAAAGAGGCUGUGUGGCUCAGGGGAAGCAUCCAAACGUGAGCCUUCGAUGGUUCCAACUUGUGAAUCACCAAAGUGCCAUGCCACAAAUGGAAGACCUGCCCUUCAGCAGUGAGGACUAUGGAACCUGCAACCCUUCAUUCAACUGUUCAGAAAAGCCAGAACUGCCCAGCGAGUCUGUUCCCAGGGAAGAUGCCCUUGUGAUUCCAGUUGAGGAAGCCUGCAGCCCAUUGGAAAGCAAGAUCAGUGUCUCAAUCCUUCCCCAGUGUGCAGUGGAGGAGAGCUCCGCGCAAGGAGCCCCUCCACCGAGAGGACAGCCCAGAUCUCCUCAGCCGCCACCCAACACCAUCUCCAGCCCCACCAACGACACCAGCCCUUCUCCUCCUUUCACGUGUCUGGAUUCAGAACGAAACUCCAUCAUUGACCUCGUGGGUCCAUCUACCAGCCAGUCAGCUCCAACGUCGCCGCUCUCUCACUUGAGCAGUCAGUGUAGAGCAGCUCCUGCAGAGACAGAGAAGCCUUUCAUCAAACCUCGCGUCAGCCGCCCGUACUCCCCUCUGCUGUCCUCGCCCGUCACCAAACAUGAGAGCACCCCACCCAGCACCCCGGAGCAUGCUCCUCUCAAAGCCACGCUGGUGGAGAUAGACACCUCUCCAGGAGAAACACCACCACUCACACCAUCGCACGCUUCCUCCGAUCUAACCCCUGAAGAAACAGAACCAUCCACCUCACUGGACUUACCAGACAUUCCUGAAGAAGUGCAGAGUCCAUCUGCGGGACCAAGACUUUCGGCGGAGGAGGUGCUGAAGGAAGAGGAUGACGAUGGAAAUCUGGGUGAUGAAGAUAAGAACAGUGACAGUGGGGAAGAGUUGGAUCCAGACGAUGAGGAGCUGCUGAGAGUGAUGGCUCGCUGUAAUCCUAUUUUUAUCACAUUUACAAAGUAACAGGCAGUUAAAAGGACAUAUAUUCACAUGUUAGAAAACUAGCUUUUAUUUAGCUUCUACAAACACUCCACUUGGCUUAGUCCUGCUUGUCCGAAUCUAAAUAAAACAGCCUGUUUUCUUUGUUUUUUUU